AUGCCCGCCAUCCUCUCGUCGGCCCUGUCGCUACCGCCAGCGACCCGCGCCCUCACCCUGACGCUCGUCGCCGGGUCCCUCCUCUUCCUCCUCCUGCGCCUCUCGGUCACGCCGCACGACCUCAAGAGCAUCUUUGGCGCCACGGGCGACGUGUCGCUCGUCUUCCCCUGGCUCGUCUUGGUCCCGGGCAAGGUCUACCGCGCACCGUGGACCUUGCUCACCUCGGCCUUUUUCCUCCUGUCGGCCCUCACCCUCCCUCUCGCGGCACGGUACCUCGAGCGCGUCUGGGGCGCAGUCGAGGUCCUCAAGUUUGUCGUCGUCACCAUCGUCGCCUCCAACAUCAUCACGUGCGUCGUGUCGGUCGUCGAGGCCAUCGUCCUCGGCAACAAGGAGCUCUUCCUCUAUGGCACGAGCUACCACGGCCUGAUGGCGCUCCAGGUCGGCUUCCUCGUCGCCUUCACGCAGCUCAUCCCCGAGCACCAGGUCCAGAUCUUUGGCGGCCUCGCCAAGGUCCGCGUCAAGUCGCUCCCGAUGCUCUACGUCACCUUCUCCAACAUUGCCUGCGUCCUCGGCUACAUCUCGCCCUACAUCCUCAUCCAGUUUGGGUGGCUCGCCGCUUGGUUCUACCUGCGCUUCUUCAAGUACAACGAGGGCGUCGACUUCCGCGGCGACCGCAGCGAGACGUUCGCGUUCCACAACUGGUUCCCGCCCUUUAUCCAGAAGUACGUCCAGGCGGCGGCCGGCUUUGCGUUCUCGCUCGCCGUCAAGUUCCACGUCCUCCCCGCGUGGGGGCUCGACCCCGAGUCGGGCGUGCCCGGCUCUGGCUCGGGCUACACGCAGGUCCCGGGCGGGCAGCGCGCCGAGGCCGAGCGUCGCCGGCAGCUCGCGCUCGAGGCGCUCGACCGCCGCAUGCAGGCCCCGUCGUCGUCGUCGGCCAACGGCGCGGCGUCGACGGGCCUCGAGCCCCAGGCGCAGGGUGCGCCCAUGGCGUCGCCGGCGCUCAGCAUGGCGGGCAGUGUCGGCGGCGGGGCGCCGAGCCCGGGCUUGGCCAAGGGCGGCGCGGCGCUCGUCGGGGAGGACAAGUAG